UCGUUUUGCAUUCUGUGCGCAAAUCAGACACCCUCGACAAUUGAAAAAAAAAUGUCACUAUCUCGAUCGACAGAUUACGUCGAAACGGAGGUAGUAGUUAAAAGUGAAUGCGGCGGCAACGCCGACGCAGUCCGGCAGCGCGACGAGACGUCGAUAGAUGUGGCAGACGUCGACGACAUGCCCGAGGAACAUAAAAACGCCAAAAAUGAAGACGUCGCAGUGGGCGGGGUGCCGAAAAGAAGAGCAUCGAAGGAAUUCAAAAAACCGAAAGACGUGGUAACGUUCAAAACGCACUUAACGACUCUGGCUAUCGCUUGCGUCGUGACGUUCGUUUACGUCGUCUUAAAGCUGAGUUUCCGCGGAGACUUCGUGUUUUUCACGUGGCACCCCGUGCUGAUGUCAAUAGGGUACAUGCUUCUCAUGACCGCAGGGUUCUUCGCGAUCAACAAAAACAACACUUAUUGGCGGUUCAAAACGACGGGUACCACGCGAGUGCGGGUGCACUUCAUAGCUAUUGGCGCGGGUUACACCCUUUCCUUGGUCGCGUUCCUUGUGGUGUAUGUCAACAAAAAUAACCUAAACAAAUCUCACUUCGUGAGCUGGCACGGGCUCUGCGGCGUCAUAGCGUUGGCGAGCACGUUGCCACCGAUUAUAAACGGCAUCGUUUUGCUAUAUAAAAAGGAGCUCAAAGACAUCAUCAAGAAUGCGAAGCUGGUGAAGUUCAUACAUGUGUCGUCGGGUUGCUUGUCGUUCCUUUUUGGAAGUAUAACCUUGCUGCUUAGUCCGUACACCAAAUGGUUCGGCAAAAAAUCCGAGGGCAGCGAUUUCCUGUUUUACUUAGCCCUAAUCGCAGCUAGUUAUUCUUUGCUGUGGGCCUUGUACGGGCCCGUUGUCAAACUCGUCAACGUCGUCAAAGAGAAAUUAUCCUAAAUCGUGACUUAUGCAGUGCCUUAUUUCAUCGUGUAUGUAAAUAUGACGCAAAAUAAACAUAUUUUUUUACGUGUUUCUUUCAUUGCUAUUCCUUUGGAAUUCGAGACGUAACCUCACUUUUUUGGCAACCUUUGAG